CUUGCAUAAAGUACAGCUAAAUGUAAUUUAUUUUAUGAUCAGUUCAGCGACAACACCGCAGCACGUACGGCACUAUGGCUAUUGUUGUAGAGCAAACACUACCUUUUCCAUCGAGUACUCUCGAUCUUGAGAAUGCCACGCGCUGGACCACACUUCUUCCGCUCAUUCGACCCUCGCUGAAGACAGUGCGCACUCCGGAGGGGCAAGACCUUGUUGUGAAUACCGCCAGAGCCGCAGGAAAUCAUGUCGACAUCAUUGCGAUUGGCACAGGUGGCAACCUCUCAAGCAAAGUACUGGACAGCAAGCAUGUCACAGCUAUUAUUAUCACGCAACAUAUGGGCGCGAGCGCCAUACGAGCGGCGGACCUGCCUCGCGUCUUAGAGUCUGCAGGCAUCCAGUGCCCACGUGGUGUAGUUGUGGUGCGAGCAGGGAAGCAAAGGAGACUUGAUGUACAUCAGUCAGAUGUACUAGAAUUUCAGACCAACGGAGAACUUGAGCAAGACCACGUUUUACAGCUCCUGAGAACUGCCACAGAGACCACGCGCAGUGAUGUACGCAAUAUCUCGGAUAUGCUGCAAGCAUUUGCGGCAGAGGCAGUCACCACAAAUUCCAAGUUCCACGCCGUGAAGACUGAUGGCGGACCAGCUGUACUACACCACGAUGGCGUGCAGGUCUUCGAGAAGGCCAAAAAUGCUGUAGAACGGGACCUGAAACACCUCUUCCAACAACUUAGCCCACAGAGCGAGGACAUAGUGUACUCGGUACACUACUCAGACGUGAAUGGAUUGAGCAGGCUAGAGAACUAUAUCAUCGCUAAUGACAUUGCAAGCUAUCUUGACUGUCAAGAAGUACGAUACACCCUCUCUCAUUCCACAAUUCUAAACCACACCGAUCACGCUCGGGGUUUCUCCAUGUCCGUCUGCCCACUGCCUUCCCACUUCAUAGCUGCCAAGCCGAAGCCCAAAGCACAUCAGCCCAUCGGCGCCACUUCAGGCACAACCAAAACUACGAAGUCCCUCUCACCAACCACACCCAAGAUAGUCUUCGAAGAUGCCUCUAUUCGCAACCGCAUUGAAAACGGAUGCAAUGCCGUGAUCAAUGAAGAGCUCGUUAUCACCGAAUACGACACCAUCGUAGGUGAUGGAGAUUGUGGCUACACUCUCCGUGAUGGAGCCAAGAAAGUCCUCUCCUUCAUCGCAGACAAAGACCUAGGCCAACUCCCAGCAACUUUAGCAGACCUCGUUGCUGAACUCGAAGUCAACAUGGGCGGUACCUCGGGCGCGUUGUACUGCAUCUUCUUGACAGCGCUGGUUUCGAGUUUAGCAUCGGAAGACAGUGUGGCCAAGGCAUUGAAGCAGGCUCUAGAAGAGCUGUGCCAGUAUACCAACGCUCGCGUGGGAGAUCGCACGAUGAUGGACGCUCUGAUCCCGUUCGUGGACACCUUGGUGAUGGAAGGUGACGUGGAACUGGCGACGGCGAAAGCGAAGCAGGGUGUGGAGGGCACGAAAAUGCUCGAGGCGAAAUUAGGGAGGAGUUCCUAUCUGGACGAGAGUGCUACGAGAGGUGUGCCCGAUCCGGGAGCCUAUGGUCUCCUGGUGUUGUUACAGGGCAUGGCGAGUGCGUGAGUAAGGUCGUCUGCUUCACACAUCGUUGUUCUACUCUACUACCCCAAGGCCAUGUAUGAUUCCAGCGAGCGAGAUAGUUAUGGCUUCAAAUUUCUAUUUAUGAAACCUUUACUC